AUGGAGUAUUGCUGCCAUAUAUGGUCUGGCGCCCCUUCUGUUUGCCUCGGGGUUCUUGAUAGGCUCCAGAAGCGGAUAUGCAAUAUGGUUGGCCCUGCCCUGGCGUCUCGUCUACAGUCACUUUCUCACAGACGCACCGUCGCCUCCCUCUGUCUGUUCUAUAAAUACUUUCAUGGAAAUUGCUCCGAGGAACUGCAUUCGCUGGUUCCCAAACUUCAUGAGUUCAAGCGCCCUAUGAGGCUGGCAUCCCGCUCUCACCCCUUCACUGUCGAAACUCCUAAAUGUAGCCGUCUCUUCUACUCUAAUAGCUUCAUGUCUCGCACCUCUCGCCUGUGGAACUCUCUUCCCUUCUCCUGUUUCCCUGAGAUUGCCUUAAUCUAUCUACUACCCUCAUCCUUUCUUCUAUCACUCCUAUCUGAUCUUCCUAUUUUCUGUAACCCCUUGCAUCCUAGUGGCUCCCCGCCUUGCUUGGGUCAUGAUGGGAAUUUUCUUUUCUGUUGUUCUUUGGCACUUAUUUUAUUCAAUGACUUUUCUCUCUCUCUCUCUCUCUCUCUCUCACAGUCUAUCUAUCUAUCUAUCUAUCUAUCUAUCUAUCUAUCUAUCUAUCUAUCUAUCUAUCAUGUCAGGUGCUCAGCUGUGCAGUGA